AUGAUCUCAUUUUGGAAUGAUUAAGAAACAAAUAAUUAUUACCUAAUUAACAAUCAGACUGGAGAAAAGUAAAGAGUUUACAAAACAGGAGAUUAUAUUAAAGAAUUUGAUCCUUCUUUGACAGGACGUGUUGGGUUUAAAUAAAGAUUAAAGUUGGCUCUUAAGCCUUCUUAUUUACCGGCUAAAGCAAAAUCAUUAUAAUCAAGAUUCACUUACUAUACUCCAAAGGGAAAUAAAUUUUUAUGGUAUUCUCAAUGUCCAAGACCUAAAUAACUUCCUAAUUUAGAACAUUUCACAACAACAAAUAAAUCAUUUAUGUCAUAAACAUAUAGAGAAAAAUAAUUUGUAUUUCCAGUUUCAUUUUCUAAGAAUUAACCUUAAAUGAAAAUAACAACUGGUAUAUCUAAUUAUCAAAGUCUUCUUGAGCCAGAACAAAUUUAAUCUAUAUAGAAUGCUUAGAAUUUAGAUUUAAACAAUGAAUAACACUUCAAAGACAUGAGUAAUUUAUUUGAUUCAAAAUCAUACGAUUAUAGAAGUUUUAACAAACCUCCAAAGUCUAAUUUAAAUUGCAGAUCUAUAAAAGAAUUUGAAUAAAUAUUGAAAGAGGAAGAACAAUAACUUGAAAUGUUUAAAGUAUUAUAUUUAUGAAUAUUAGUUACCAACCCCAUAAAAAUAAUCAAUAAAUACUAAAGGUAGAUUUCCACUAUAAUUAAAAACUACAUCUGAUUUUGUAAAAGAGGAUAAAAUGAUAGCAAAAUUAUGUAAUGUAUAAUAAUUAAAAUAUAAUAGUAUAUCCUGAAUUAUUUAAGGAAAAGGUUACUGAUCAGAAGUAGGAUGAAUUAAGAAGAAGAAUUAAUAAAUAUAAAGAAUAAGAGAUGUUGGCCAGGAAUUUAAAAAAUAAAGUUUGA